UCAUGUGAAGUGCAGCAAUUUCGCGAAAAUUUCGCUAAUUGGACUAGCGGAAAUAAAGAAAUAGAUCACUUUAUUCAGAGUUCUCAAAUUCACCAGAAAGCGUAUUUGAAUGGAUUCCAUUUAGCGAAUUUUCAGCAUAUAAAUUUAACUAUGGAGGAGCAGUCGUUAAUCUGUAUGAUGUCUACUGGUCUUCAGGCCCAAGAAUCUUGUGGGAUACGAAGCUGCAAAAAUAUAUCAGGAAUUGACUGGUAUGGGAUGUCACGAGAUCCAGAAACAAAUGCACUCAUAUCCGUUAGUGAGUACGCUGAUAACGGAUCGCUUCUUGAUUAUUUGCGAUUAAAUUGCAUCAAUUUAAGUUGGAAAACCAGGCUUAAUUUUUUAUGGCAAAUUUCCAGGGAUUUUCAAUGCCUUUUUAAUUCUGGAUUUACUUAUUCUGCGUUGGGGACCGGUUCAUUUGUUGUAAAAAGUGACCAGACAGUUGCAUUGCGUGAUUUUCUUUGUGCAAUUGAUAGUGAACAAUCCCAUGUAUAUAAAUAUUGUGCAUUGAAAUAUGUAGGUCCAGAAUUCUUUGAAAAACGUAAGAUUACUAAAGAAUGUAAUAUUUACACAUUUGGCUUAAUUAUGUACAGAUUCUCAGCACCUUUUAUGCAAGAGCUUGAAAAAGGACUAGAUUUAAGUCUUGUGCCUGAAAGUACACCAAAAUGUUAUACUAACUUAAUGAGACAAUGCUUAAAUCAUGAUCCAAACUUUCGUCCCUCUAUAACACAAAUUAUUAAUAAAUUGGGUGAAUUGUAUCUUGAAAUGGGGCGAAACAUCCGUUCACAAAUCACGGCUGAAUUUCGAAUCGCAGAUGAAUUUCGACAAACAUCUUGUGUAGAGUCUGAUAAAAAAUUGAAUGAAUUGGGUGCCGUUUCUUCAAAUGAUAAAGACAUUUCUACAGGCUCACUAUUAUCUACUAUCAGCAAUCUUGGCGUGGAUUUAAUCGAUUUUGAUCAAUUUACAAACAAGCAGUACAUUGGGGAAG